AUGGGUGUUCAAGAAUUAGAUGUCGAACGUUUGAUCGAGGAAUUGACUAUUCCUGAAAAGAUCUCCUUGUUGGCCGGUAAGGACUUCUGGCACACUGUUCCGAUCGAGAGAUUGAACAUUCCUUCAAUCAGAGUCUCGGACGGUCCUAACGGUAUCAGAGGUACCAAGUUCUUCAACUCGGUUCCUUCCAACUGUUUCCCAUGUGGUACCGGUUUGGCUGCUACCUUCAACAAGGACUUGUGGGUUGAAGCUGGUGAGUUGAUGGGUAAGGAAGCCAAGAUGAAGGGUGCCCAUGUGAUCUUAGGUCCUACCUCGAACAUCGUUCGUUCUCCAUUGGGAGGAAGAGCCUUCGAAUCGUACUCCGAGGACCCACUUUUGUCUGGACACGCUGCCGCAAACAUCAUCAAGGGUAUUCAAAACGAAAAUGUCGUUGCAUGUCUUAAGCACUUUGUCUGUAAUGAUCAAGAAGACGACAGAAGAGGUGUCGACACCUUGUUGACCACCAGAGCUUUCAGAGAAAUCUACUUGAAGCCUUUCCACAUUGCUUUAAGAGACGCUGACCCUGGUGCCUUGAUGACUGCUUACAACAAGAUCAACGGUAUCCAUGUUUCGGAAUCCAAGGAAAUCUUGCAGGGAAUCUUGAGAGACGAGUAUAAGUACGAAGGUGCUACAAUGUCCGACUGGUUCGGAAUCUACUCUACCAAGACUGCUUUGGAAGCCGGUUUGAACUUGGAAAUGCCUGGUCCAACCAGAUUCAGAUUGCCAAUCCAAACUCUCCAUGAAGUUCAAGCUAACAGAAUCCACACCAAGACCAUUGACGAUAACGUUCGUUACGUCUUGAAGUUGAUCAACAGAGCUUUGAAAGCCGAUAUUCCUCAUGAUGUUGUUGAGUCUGCCAACGAGGACCCUGCUGCUUCUGAAAUCUUGAGAAAGGUGGGUGAUGAGUCUAUCGUUUUGUUGAAGAACGAAGGCAACAUCUUGCCUUUGUCCAAGACUUCUGUUGCUGGUCAAGAAAAGAUCGCUGUCAUUGGUCCAAACGCCAAGGCUGCUCAAGACUCUGGUGGUGGAUCUGCUUCUCUUACUGCUCGUUACAAGGUUACCCCAUGGGAAGGUAUCAAGAAGAAGAUCGAGGAAGGUGGAAACACUGUUUCUUUGGAAUAUUCCUUGGGUGCUUUCUUAGAUAAGAACUUGCCAGAUGUUGCAGACAUCUUAGAAAACGAAAAAGGUGAAAAGGGUGUCACUGCUAAGUUCUUCAAGAAUGCUCCAGGCACCAAGGACAGACAACAGUUUGCUGAAUACUUGCUUCCAACCUCUAAACUCUUCCUUUCUGACUUCACUGACCCAGGUUUGGAAUUAGGCGAAUUGUUGUUCUACGCUGAUUUCGAAGGUUACUUCACUCCAGAGGAAACUGCUGACUACGACUUCGGAGCUUCUUGUUUGGGUACUGCUCAAGUCUUUGUUGACGGUAAGUUGGUUGCUGACAACAAGACCAAGCAAACAAAGGGUGAUGCCUUCUUCUUAGGUUUAGGUACCAGAGAAGAAAGAGGUACUGUCCAUUUGGAAAAGGGUAAGAAGUACCAUGUUAAGUGUGAGUUUGGUACCAGUCCCACCUACACUUUGGAAGCAUCUCAAGAAAUCGGUGGUGUCUUCUUCGGUUUCAGAAUCAACUCUCCAGCUGAAAUCGAAAUCACCAAGGCUGUUGAACUCGCCAAGUCUGUUGACAAGGUCGUCUUGGUUGUUGGUCUCUCCAAAGAAUGGGAAUCUGAAGGUUUCGACAGACCAGACAUGGACAUUCCAGGUGCCACUAACCAGUUGAUUGAAGAAGUCUUGAAGGUCAACAAGAAUGUCGUCGUCGUUAACCAAUCUGGUUCUCCAGUGACUAUGCCAUGGGUUGACCAAGUUCCAGCUUUGGUCCACGCUUGGUAUGGUGGUAACGAAUUGGGUAACACCAUUGCUGAUGUAUUGUUUGGUGAUGUCAACCCAUCUGGUAAGUUGUCUAUGUCUUUCCCAAAGAAGCUUGAAGACAACCCAUCUUACCUUAACUUCGGUUCCAUCAACGGUCAGGUCUGGUAUGGUGAAGACAUCUUUGUAGGAUAUAGAUACUACGAGAAGGUCAAGAAGGAUGUCUUAUUCCCAUUCGGUUUCGGUUUAUCCUACACCACUUUCGACUUCAAGGACUUGUCUGUUGCAGCCGAUGACGAAAACGUUACUGUUAGCGUCAAGGUCACCAACACCGGUUCUGUAGAUGGUUCUGAGACAGUUCAAGUCUACAUUGAACAAUCCAACCCAAGCAUCAUUAGACCCGUUAAGGAAUUGAAGGAUUUCGGUAAGGUCUUCUUGAAGGCUGGUGAAACAAAAUCUGUUGAAGUCAAGAUCUCCAUCAAGGAAGCUACCUCCUACUGGAAUGGCUACCAAGACAAGUGGCAGUCAGAAAAAGAUACCUACAAGGUAUUGGUUGGUAACAGUUCGGACAACAUCAUUCUUGAGGGUAAAUUUGCUACCUCCAAGACUUUCUACUGGUUGGGAUUAUAG